AUGGCUCCACGAUACGUAUUCUCACUCCCCGAUAUCAAAACCUAUUCUGAACAACUGUACGAAUGCGCUGAUCGGUGCCAGUUCAAUUUGACAUCGAAGCAUGUCACCAAGAAAGAGAAUGGCCGUGACGUUCAUGAAUACUAUUUCAUAAUCAACGGUACCUCGUACACUCAGUACAAGGGUGUCUCUACCUCGAAGUUGAAGGACGCCAAGAACGAGGCCGCGGGUCUGAUUAUCGGCUCUGGUAUUCUGUAG